AUGCUCCUCUUGAAGUUCAAGCGCCCCUCAACCUACAUGGGCAUUUUGGUCACAGGAUGGGGCACUAUCAUCACCCUGACCGGCCUCGUACAGAACUUUGAAGGUCUUAUCGCAGUCAGAGUCCUUCUUGGUGUGUUUGAGUCCGGCUUUUUUCCCGGAGCGGUCUACACUAUAUCGAGAUGCGCUUUAGCCGGCGCUUUCUCCGGCCUUCUUGCAUUCGUCAUCGUGCGGAUGGAUGGACUCGCUGGUAUCGCGGGCUGGAGGUGGAUUUUCAUCAUCGAAGGGAUCGCUUCCGUCGUCGCUGGCGUUGCGACGUUCUUCUUACUUAUCGACACACCUGCCCUCUCAACAAGGUGGCUGGACGCUGACGAGAGAAAGUACCUUGAACUGCGUCAGUAUGCCGUUCAAGGUAAUAGCAUACGUGUGAGAGAGGCUGAGAAGACGCGCAAAUGGGAAAUCCUCCGCUCCGUUUUGCUCGACUGGCAACUUUACCUACAGGCCCUCGUUUACUGGUCUAACACGGUACCGAACUUUGGGAUGAAAUUCACGAUGCCCCAGAUUAUCAAGAACAUGGGAUACACUAGUAGCAACGCCCAACUCCUGACCAUCCCUCCGUACAUCGUUGGAGUCAUCUCCGCCUACAUCUCCUCGUCGCUUUCCGACAGGUUCAAGUGGAGGAUGCCUUUCAUUGUCUUUGCCCAAGUCUUGGUUUUGAUAUCGUUUGCUAUAUUAUUUUCCAAAGCCGAAAACAUUCAAGAGAACAUUCCAGCAUGCUACUUCGCCAUCUUCCUUGCCAGUAUUGGCUUCUACCCAAUCAACCCUGGCGGCAAUGCUUGGACCGUCAACAAUCUAGCAGGACCUACGAAACGCGCUCAGGGAAUCGCCUAUAUGAUCUGUCUAGGGAGUAUCGGUGGGAUUGUGGGCAGUUUCAUCUAUCGCGAGGACGAGAGCCCGAAAUACCCAACGGGGUUUGGUUCGUCAUUUGCAUUCGCUGGACUCGGUGUCGUCGCUUGCUUUGUGUUGGAGUUCCUAUUCUGGAACAUCAACCGCAAAAGAGACAAGUUUACUGAGGAGGAAAUCAGGGCCAAGUAUUCGGACGAUGAGCUCCAAAUGAUGGGCGAUAGGUCACCUCUUUUUAGGUACACCUUGUGA